CCUGCUUGCUCAGGUGCGCUUUCGCUGGUCGUCGAAAUUGGGUGUGGUUGGCACUAGCUAGCAGCUGGACACUGGCCUGCUGCUGGCUCCAUGGCUGCUCAAGUCGUCCAUGGCAGCGGCCGAGCCAACUUUACGCGAAGCCGCCAUUCAAUGAUUCACCGUUCGCCUUCACCGCUCGUCUCAGACACCCGUUGCGCUGCCAUCGCCGGCGUGUAAACACCUCGCCACUCGCCCAAUCCAUAAUCGCGUUGUCGCCACUAGGUCACCACUCCCUGGCCGACGGUGUUGGGAGGUCAACCGAGGAAAUCCCCGACCACGAUCUGCAUCCUACCUCCGAAUACCCUCUGCGGCGCAAUCAAUGGCUACUAGCUGGGGUAACUACACCAAUUAUACUGGUCCUUCGAGAGCUCCUGGAUCAGCAACUCAUGUACUCGACGCCCGCCUAAAACUGCUCACAGGUCUAGUUCCGGGGAUCUUCACUGCGAAGACCUGCCUAGAUAUUGGCUGCAACGCUGGAAACGCUGCAUGCCAGCUUGCCUUCGACUUUCAUGUAGCAUCAGUCACUGGCGUUGACAUCGAUCCGAAGCUAGUGGCCCAAGCCGAGAAACUUUUGGCACUCCGCUCUUCACGUGCCCGUCCUUCAACUGGAGAUUCACAUAUCGUGGACUAUUACCCUGUAUCGGCAGUCCUCACUCAUGGAUACCGCGUCGAGACGAAAGGCAAGAUCUCCCGCGAUUCAUCCCCCGCGUUAACAACUUCAAACUGGCCCCAUGUACAAUUCGUCUCCGCAGAUUGGGUUGCAUCGGCAGACCGGGCAAUCUCUGGUCCAUACGACGUGAUUCUGGCCCUCAGUGUCAUCAAGUGGAUACAUCUGGAACAUCUUGAUGAGGGUGUGGAGACCUUCUUUAGGAAGUGCGCAGCAUGCCUCCGUUCUGGCGGAUAUUUGAUCAUUGAGCUGCAGACCUGGGAUUCGUACGAGAAAGCUGUUCGUCCAAACCACUCUCCGCACUUCACCGAAAAUAUGAAGCAACUGGUCCAUCGGCCAGAGACAUCGUUCGACGAGCUGUUGGCAGAACAAUGUCUCAAGCUUGUUGCAUCGUCAAACGACUUACCACGCCGCAUCAAUGUUUAUCUCAAAGAUUGAGCCACGGAGCUAUUUACCAGGUCUGGACGCAGUGCUCCUCUCCGUAUCGUAGACAAUCGCUCGCUGCAUUCCAAUCGCACGCAUUCUUCAGCUCGACUCAGACGGCUUGAGUGUGAUGCUGACGGCGUCAGUGCGGCGCAACUCACUCGACCCCAUAUUUUCGUCAGCAACAAGCAAAGCCGUUGCACUGAAAUCAUUAUCGAUCUGGUCUCGACAGCAGUUGAAGAUACCUAUCAGGUGGUCUGUGUUGUACAUUUUGCCGUUUACCCAAUUGCAUCAUGCGGAGAUUGAAUUCUCGGCAGAUGAGCGUUGAGAAACACCUUCUCGCCAAGGCACUUGGACCGAUGACCGAAG